GUGCUCCUGGGGACUCUCCCCCCAGUCCCCCCCUUUCUUACUUCAAUGCCUCGUAUUUUAUUUUAUAGUAUUUUUUAUUCACUCAAUUGCACUCUCUGACCAUAUGUGCCCUUUCUUUUGUUUGCAACUGCAUAACACACUCACUCUCUCUCUCUCUCUCUCUCUCUCCAAGGAAAAAGCAAGAACUAGUGAAAAGCCCUUUCGAGGUUCAAAAAAAGACCAACAUCAAGAAAAAGAUUUCUAACUUAGAACCGGAGAGAUUUUUCGCAAGAAUCAUCAAAAUAUAGAUUAUGAUGGAUGGAAUCAUCAAAGGUGGUGGUGGAGGGGGUGGUGGUAGAGUUGGUAUAGGUGAAGACGACAUGGGUGAUGGUAUGCAAUGCAGUGAUCAUCCUUAUAGAAAUAACCCAGGUGGGAUCUGUGCUUUUUGCCUUCAAGAAAAGCUUGGCAAACUUGUUUCUUCUUCUUUUCCUUUACCUAUUCGUGGCUCUUCUUCUUCCUCUUCUUCUCCUUCGUUUAGAUCUGACAUUGGUGUGGGUGUUGGUGUUGGGGCUGGCAAUGGUGGUGCUGGUCCUUCACUUUCUCUUGCUGUGCGACCCACAUCUACAAAAGGUAGAAAUGAUAUUGGCAAUAAUAAUAGUCAUUAUCAAGAAUAUUACACAAGGAGGGCCAGAAUCCCUUUUCUUUUGGCUAAAAAGAAAAAGAAAAUUAUGGUCGCAUCAUCAUCAGAUCGUGAUAUUGUUUUCAAGAGAAGCAAGUCUACAACAACUCCUGCGAGAAACCAUUUCUUGGAUGCUUCUGCUGAUGAUGGAGACGAUUUUAAUUUUAGCCCAAGAUCAAGAAGAGGCAGGUUCUGGUCUUUUCUUUAUCUUUCUUCUUCUAAGUCUACUACUACCAAGAAAUCAUCAAUGGCAGUAACAAGAACUACAACAACAACAACAAAUGGGUCCAUUGUUAAGCCAAAAGAGAAGUGCUUAGGGUCUUCUUUGUCUAAGAAAGGAGACAUUGCGGUGGUUGAAGAUGAUGAUAGUCCUAAUAGCCAAGCCACUGCCUCUGCUUCGUCUUUUGAAAGGAAAGUGUCAAGAUCCAGAUCUGUUGGAUGUGGAAGCAGAAGCUUUUCUGGUGAUUUCUUUGAGAGAAUCUCAACUGGUUUUGGAGACUGCACCCUAAGAAGAGUGGAGUCACAAAGAGAAGGCAAGCCAAAAAUAGCUGCAGCUACUUCUAACAUGAAAGAAAGAGUCAAAUGUGGUGGAAUCUUUGGUGGGUUUAUGAUAACUUCUUCUUCUUCAUCUUCUUCAUCAUCAUCUUAUUGGGUUUCAUCAUCAACAGAAGACAUGAAUGGAAAAUCAUCAGGACCUGGAUCAGUUGCAGCUGGACCUCUCGCUCAUGGUAGAAGUAGAAGCUGGGGUUGGGCUUUUGCUAGUCCUAUGAGAGCAUUUAGCAAGCCUUCUUCAAAAGAUGGCAAAAGAGACAUUAUAAGAGAAGCUUCUAAUAAAAACACUACUCCAAACUUAUCUGCUAUUCCUUCAUUGUUAGCUGUGAGAGGCUAAAGAAAGAAAAGAAUUACCACCACCAUCAUCAUCGUCAUCAUCAAGGCAAUUCCUGUUGGGUUAUAAUACACAAGUACAUUUAGUCAUCUCUGUUUAUUAUUAUUAUUAUUUUCUGUGUUUAUUAUCUUGGUCUCAGUUCUAUUAACUAGUGUCACACUUGUAUUUUGCUUCUUUGAAAUUUUAUGCUCAUAUUUGCAAAUUAUUAUCAUUCUCUUCUUAAGAUAGUUCAUUGUAUUGUGGCUUGAAACUAUAAAAGACUAUCAAAACCCGUUAUUGUGGACUGUUUGGGAAAGAAGAAGAAGAGAAAUGAUGACCAAUAUACAUAAUAUGUUUGUCAGUUCACCCUUGUGAUUUGGUGAGGGUUUUGAGUUAAAGUUGUAUUCUUUAAUCUCUUACUAGUGUUUUUUGUAAUCUAGCAUCUGAUGCAGUGACAAAAAAAUGUGUUUUUUAUUAUUAUUAUUA